CACCCCCAGAUCUGUUACAUUCUCCUUCACGCUCCUGCAUCGUCUCAUCUCAUCCUCACUUCCACACUUUCUGGUGCAACGUUCCUCACCUCACCCCCUCCCACAACAGUGACCUAGGGCUGACAGCCCGGAUUGACCCCUGAACCCCUUUGAUUGGUACCCGGUCGACCGAGGAACGGCUCAACAUGCCUGAGCCCACAAAGAAAGAAAAUGGUGCACCUCAAGAGAAUUCAGCCCCUGUUGACACCCCAACCAAGAACUCGGUUGAAUUGACCCGUACAGAGGCUACAGUGGCAACCAAAGACACAGAGGCCAUAGUCACUAUCACAGAACCAGGGGUUUCCGAGGUUGCUCAGACAAAGCCAAAAGUAACCGAGGUGACUGAACUAAACCCAUUAGUGGGUGAGGUCACAGACCCACAGCCAAUAGUGACAGAGCCUGUUAAGAAUGGCCAAAAGGAACCAGAGCCAAUCGAUGCUGUGAUUCCAGUCGAGGUGAGUGGGGUAAAAGAGAAGACCGACACACCUCAAAUAAAAGAUAAAGAUGGUGAUGUCACCGCCAGCACUCCAUCACCUCCACCUCCAGCAGAGCAUGGCAACGUACCCAAGAAACUUUCUAUUGACCUUCCUAAUGAUAGCCACCCUGAGUCAACCAGGGGGAGAAAAGACUCAGUGUGGUCUGAGGGGGAUGGCCAACCUCCUGAGGAAAUCGACAAGCAGGAUGCUCAGCCCUUGUCAACUCUGUUGACUGAAAAGCCUCAGAGUGGCUCCGUCAAUGUAGGUGGAGACAUCACCUUCAUUGCUAAGGUGGAAGCCAAAGACUUGCUUCGUAAACCAACCAUUAAAUGGUUCAAGGGCAAAUGGAUGGAUCUGGCUAGCAAGACCGGGAAGCACCUGCAGCUCAAAGAAUCAUACGAUCGCGCAAACAAGAUUCACACUUUUGAGAUGCGCAUCAUCAAGGCUAAAGAGACUUAUGCAGGAAAUUACAGAUGUGAGGUCACCUACAAAGACAAAUUUGACAGCUGCUCAUUUGACCUGGAGGUCAAAGAAAGCGCAGAUUCUCAGAGCCUUGAUAUCCGUUCAGCUUUCAAAAGAAGCACUGACGGCCAGGAGGAUGCAGGGGAGCUUGACUUUAGUGGGCUUCUCAAACAUAGGGAACAUAAGCAACAGGAUGAUACCCCCGAGGUGGACGUGUGGGAGAUUUUGAAAAACGCCAGACCAGAUCAAUACGAGAAGAUUGCAUUCGAGUACGGCAUUACUGAUCUCAGAGGUCUGCUGAGAAGGCUUAAGAAAACCAAAAAGGAGCCGAAAAAGAGUGAAGCAUUUGCUAAAAGAUUAGAUCCUGCAUAUCAGGCUGACAAAGGUGGAAAGAUCCGGUUAGUUGUGGACCUUGCCGACCCGACUGUGGAGUUAAAAUGGUACAAGAAUGGACAAGAGAUUCGCCCUGCAACAAAUAACCGAAAGUAUAUAUUUGAGUACAUAGGCACCCAGAGGGUAUUGACUAUUAAUAAUUGUCAGUUGAAUGACGACGCUGCCUAUUCAGUCUCGGCAGGGGAAGAGAAAUGCACCACUGAAUUGUUUGUGAAAGAAUUGCCCGUGAACAUAGUGAAACAUAUUGAACCUGUGAAAACCACAGUGAAUGAGAGAAUUGAACUGGAAUGUGAGGUAUCAGAGGAAGGGGCGAACGUUAAAUGGAUGAAAAAUGGAGUGGAGGUUCCCACGGGGGUGCGAUCGCGGUACCGUGUAAAAGUUGAUGGGAAAAAGCACUCUCUAAUCAUUGAAGACGCGUCUUUAGAAGACACUGGCACAUACUCCAUAAAGGCCACUGGAGGAACCUCUGAGGCUAAAGUUCAAGUUGACUUGAAGCCUCUAAAGGUUUUUGUGGAUCUAAAGGACGUAACUGUGCUGUUGGGUCAUCCGCUUACUUUGAACUGUGAGAUUUUCCCAGGAAAUGUCCCUGGCGAGUGGUACAGGAAUGGCCAGUUGCUCCAGCCUAGUGACCGCAUCACCAUUGAUCACAAAAACAAGAAUCACAGUUUCGGUGUCGAGACUGCAACGCUUCAUGAUGCUGGUGAAUACACCUUUACUCCUGAGGGAUACUCACAGUCGCUGACUUGCAAAGUGCACAUCAUCGAUCCUCCGAAGGUGCAUUUAGAGGCACUGAACGUCCAGGACAACACUGUGGUCAUCGUUGCUGGAAACAAACUCCGCUUGGAGAUUCCCAUCAGUGGAGAACCUGCACCCAAAGUGAUGUGGAUGAAAGGAGAAAGGGUAAUCCAGGAAACAGGCGGUCAUGCUCGUGCAGAGACAUUUGCAGACCAAACCUGCCUAACUAUUGAUAUAACAGAAAGAGAAGAUACUGGAAACUAUAAGAUCAUCCUUAAAAAUGAGGCUGGAGAGGACACAGCCAACCUUAAGAUUAAAGUUGUGGACAUCCCAGAUCCCCCUGAAGCCCCUCUGGUGCCUGACGUGGGUGGAGACUGGUGCACUAUGACAUGGGAGGCACCACGCUACGAUGGCGGUUCCCCCAUUCUUGGAUAUUUCAUUGAGCGCAAGAAGAAACAAAGUUCCCGGUGGAUGAGGCUGAACUUCGACCUUUGCAAAGAGACCACUUUCGAACCCAAAAAGAUGAUUGAAGGUGUGCCGUACGAGGCGCGGAUCUUCGCAGUGAACGCCAUCGGCGUCUCCAGACCCAGCGAACCUUCCAAACCUUUCACUCCCCUGGCUGUGACCAGCGAGCCCACUUGUCUAGUGGUAGAUGAUGUCACAGACACUUCAGUGACCAUCAAGUGGAGGCCUCCAGAAAAUAUUGGUGCUGCUGGUCUUGAUGGGUACCAGAUUGAAUACUGCCUUGAAGGAACUGAUGAGUGGAUACUUUCUAAUAAAGAGCUGACAGAUAAAACAAGGUACACUAUAACCGGUCUGCCGGUGGAUGCCAGGAUCUUUGUGCGUGUAAAGGCCAUAAAUAAGGCUGGUGCCAGUCCACCCAAAACCACCCAACACGCUAUAACUGUGAAAGAGGUCAUUGAGCCCCCUAAGAUUCGCAUACCUCGACACUUAAAGCAGACUUACGUUCGAAAAGUUGGUGAAGUGGUCAAUCUUGUUGUGCCAUUCGUUGGAAAACCAAGGCCAAAGGUAACCUGGUUGAAGGAGGGUCAGCCUAUUGAACAAACCGUCAGCAUCCGCAACUCGGACUGCGACACCAUCAUGUUCAUCCGCAAGGCAGAGCGCAAGCAUUCUGGAAAAUAUGAACUGACCGUACAGGUGGACAAGCACGUUGACACGGCCACGGUGGAAAUCCAGAUAGUCGACCUUCCAGGACCACCACAGGCUGUAAAGAUAGAGGAAGUCUGGGGAAACAAUGUAGCAUUGGACUGGAGCCCACCAAAGGACAAUGGAAAUGCAGCUAUAACAGGCUACACCAUCCAGAAAGCUGAUAAAAAAACCAUGGAGUGGUACACAUGUUUGGAGCACUACCAUCGUACCUGCGUUGUCGUCUCGGAUCUGGUGGUGGGUAAUGAGUAUUUCUUCAGGAUCUUCUCUGAGAACAUGGUUGGAUUAAGCGAAAGUCCCACACCUACUAAAAACAGCGCUAAGAUCGUGAAAGAAGGCCUGCAGCUGAAAAACCCACAGUACAAUGACCACGACUUCAGCGAGGCACCCAUUUUCACUCAGCCGCUCAUCGACACCUGCGCUAUCGCCGGGUACAACGCAUCCCUCAACUGCAGCGUGCGUGCUAACCCUAGGCCUAAAGUGACCUGGAUGAAAAACAGGAUCAUCAUUUUAGACGACCCACGUUACCGCAUGUUCGCCAAUCAGGGCGUGUGCACGCUUGAGAUCCGCAAACCAGGCCCAUUUGAUGGAGGCGUGUACGCCUGCAGGGCAGUCAAUGACCUCGGAGAGGCUCAGGUGGAAUGCAAACUAGAUGUCAAAGGAGGUUUUACAUUCUAUGAGCUGAUGAAGCGAGGCGUUCCCUUACAUCUCAUUAAUAAAUACAUGAUUGAGUCCUCUGGGUCAGAGAAGAAAGGAUCCAAAUGAUGGCUGAUUCACACAAUGAUUACCCAGAAUUCCCUGUCACUAUUACCAAUUAUGGCACUGACAAUGUGUCUAAAUUCAGGCAUGGUCUGCUGUGUCAGACAUGGAACUAUAGUUAUCAUAAAAAAGUAUUUUUAUCACCAAUUCUGUCUGUCACUGUGGUAUCAUGUGUGGUAUAAGAUGUGUUUUAAGAAGUGCCAUUGAAUCUCAAAUGCAUGCCUAUAGUAAAUUGGGUUUAGCUUCAAAAUAUAUCACACAUUGGCAUUUUAUUGUUUGAAAGACAUAGAGCAUACAGAUACAGCACAGUUGUAGGGAUGUGGUUAAUUUAUGUUUUUUCUUUCUUUCUGGGUUUUCAAAGAGAAGGGUGGAUCACAUACAGCACACGUAUAGAUUUGUUGAUUCUGUUUUUUUCCUUUAUCUCGUCUCGUCUGUUUGAUUUUUUUUCUCUUUUGCAAUCCCUUAUCUUCAUUCUGUGAUGAAUGUAUUGGAACUAUUCUCUGUGCAAUUCAACAGUCACUUACUGUAGAUCUGAUUCUGAUGUCAGAUGGGAGAUGUUGCAGAAGAUGAUGUGUCUUGACAAUACGUACAUGUUACAUUUAGCAUGACUGGGUUAAAUAAAUGUAUCUGUAUGAAGAAA